CUAAUGCACUCGUAACAUGCAUGUAGCUUAGAAGAAAACCUCACCCUCCAAGCUUAUAAAUAUAGGCUUUAGGACCUGACUUUGGACUUAGGAGGUAUAUAGCACAUAGAAUAAGAGAGAUGGAGAGCAUAAAGCACAGAACAGUGCAAGUAAAUGGCAUUAAGAUGCAUGUUGCAGAGAAAGGAGAAGGCCCAGUGGUGCUGUUCUUGCACGGCUUCCCUGAGCUCUGGUACUCCUGGCGCCACCAGAUUCUGGCUCUCAGCUCUCAGGGAUACCGUGCUGUGGCCCCGGAUCUCCGGGGCUACGGUGACACUGAAGCACCCACUUCGGUGGCAAGCUACAAUUGCUUUAACAUUGUUGGUGACAUUGUUGCUCUCAUUGAUUCUCUUGGCGUUGACCAAGUGUUCCUUGUUGGCCAUGAUUGGGGCGCCAUCAUUGGCUGGUAUGUCUGUUUGUUCCGACCAGACAAAAUCAAGGCCUAUGUUUGCCUCAGCGUCGCCUACCGGAGCUUCGUCCGAUCAGCAGAUUCGCAAGUAAAAAUCGUGGAUGCUUUUCGUGCCUUAUAUGGAGAUGACUUUUAUGUAUGCAGAUUUCAGGAACCAGGGAAGAUGGAAGCUGAAAUUGCUGAAGUUGGCACAGAAUAUAUGCACAAGAACAUACUCACAAUGCGAAAAACAGGUCCCCCAAUUUUUCCAAAAGGGGAGUUUGGAACUGGGUUCAAUCCUGAUAUGCCAGAGAACUUGCCCUCUUGGCUCUCACAGCAAGAUCUUGAUUAUUAUGUUAGUCAAUUUAACAAGACAGGCUUCUCUGGAGCGUUGAACUACUAUAGAAAUCUCAACUUGAAUUGGGAGCUCACAGCACCUUGGACUGGAGUACCCAUUACCAAUGUACCAGUGAAGUUCAUCGUAGGGGAUGUUGACAUAGCAUACAAUUUCUCAGGGAUGAAGGAGUAUAUCCACAAUGGUGGAUUCAAGAAAGAUGUGCCAGGUUUGGAGGAAGUGGUUGUGCAGGAAGGGGUAGCACACUUUAACAACCAAGAAGCAGCUGAGGAUGUGAGCAAUCACAUUUAUGACUUCAUUAAGAAGUUCUGAUUUCAGCCAUCUUGAUUCCACAGCCUGCUCUCUCUCUCUUUCUCUCUCUAGUCUUGUUGAAUAAAACAGUGUCUUACUGGUGUUAAACCUGCUCAUUUGUUCUGAGCUUCAAUUUCACUUGUUUUUCCUUAAUAAUAAGGUUCCUUUAUGCUCCUAUCUACUAUCUGGAUAUACCAAGAAAGAUGUACGGUCUAAUGAGGCUACUAUCUUCAGAGGUACUGUCAGUGUAUGUGAAGUUAUGAUUCCUCAAUGUAUGAGAUCCCUUUUAUUGGCAACACGCCAACACUAAGAUAAUAAUUAUGUAUUCUUGAUUUCUA